AUGCCACUACUUUACGCAUGCGUACAAGAGUUGAGAAAGAUUCAUGGUGAUGGUCUGCCUAUUCAUGUUAUUUAUGAUGAUCAACCUGUCAAUGAUUUCAAGACUCUGUUUCUUCGAUUGCAAGGUAUUCUUUGUGAGAGUUAGCAACUAGCAACGGCGAUAUUCACAUUCUACUUUGAGCAGCUAAGUGAGACACCGAGCAUUGAUGCGCAAAGGCCCAUGCCAAAGACCCAAUAACAGGCUAACUGGCUUUACACGUCACUAGCGUCUGACUUCUUUGACUUCCCAAAGCGUAUAACAUGUAUUAGAUAAGUUGCACUGAGUCAUCUAAAUUGAGCAGUCAUUACUAAAGGAGGACAGGGAAGUGGGAGUGGGGAAACUGAGUGGAAAAAGAGUGGCCCUUUGUUCUUCAAUACUUGAACACCCUAAAUGUAUGUUUGUAAAGUUACUUGUGAGUGUGGUUUUGGUCGCUAUUCAUUACGCAGUGGAAGAUUUUUUGUAAGAUAAAAAACUCUAUUUUCCGCGUGAAUGAAAACUUCACUCACGUCUAUUCUAUAUCAAAGGCAUCUCGUACCCAGAUCUCCCACGGUUUACUUUUUCAGCGUAAGACAGAGUGAAGUGUUAAGCCCCGCGUAAACGGACGCAACAUUGUUGGAUGUUUCAUGUUGCGUCCGUUUGCAUACCUUGUUGCGUGUUGUUGGGAGUUGUUGCGCAAAGUUUGAUAAACCGAUCAAACUUUUGAACCCACAACUCCCAACAUUUCGUUUGUUCCAUGAUCGGCGAAGCGUAGCGCAACAAUGUUGGAUCCGUUUGCACAGCUCUUCCACCAUUGUUGGGGCCACGUACGCUCAUUACUCAUGGUUUACAAAGUCUUAUGGAUUGUAUCUUUCCCACGAUGCACUGCAGGUCCCAACAUUUUAUGGCCAACAAUGUUGGGAGUUGUUGCGUCCGUUUGCACGUAGCUUAAGACAGAGUGUCAUGUGGGUACGAGGUUAAUAUCUAAGUGGAGCGUGCGAUCAUUCACUUUAAGCCCCGUGCAAACGGACGCAACAUUGUUGGCCAACAACUCCCAACAUUGUUGGAUGUUACAUGUUGCGUCCCUUUGCACACCCUGUUGCAUGUUGUUGGAUGUUUUUGCGUGUUGUUGCGCAAAGUUUGAAACCGGUCAAACCUUUCAGCCAACAACUCCCAACAUUUCUUUUGUUCCGUGAUCGCCGAAGCGUAGCGCAACAAAGUUGGAUCCGUUUGCACAGCUCUUCCAACAUUGUUGGGGGGUGCGUGCGAGUAAUGCGUACCAAAUGUUUCUGAAUACCCAACAUAGGAAGGGUGCUACGUGACGUCCAGGGUUGUAACAACCCUCAACAAGCAUCCGUUUGCACACCACUGCCAACACGCACGCAACAACUCACAAUGUCGGGAGUUGUUGCGUCCGUUUGCACGCAGCCUUAAACGAAAAGGUAAAGUCAGUUAAGUUAACUUGGAACUAGAAAAGUUUCUAAUUAUUUCACAGGUCUAAUACCCGGUCCAAAAAGCUAUUUUCUAGACUUCACUAACGUGUUCGUCACGACGUGCGGCACCAGCUUCUACGAGCAAUGUUUGCCUCCUCACUCUGUAAAUUUAGUAUUUUCCUCCACUGCCAUGCACUGGUUGACUGAGAAGCCAUGUGAUAUCACAGGAGCAUUGAGUCACACCAUGAUUACUGUUCCAGAAGAGGCGGAAAAAUUCAGAAGCCAGGCCGCAAAGGAUUGGGAGACAAUCUUACUGGCGAGGGCAAAGGAGAUGGCUUCUGGUAAGAUGAAAAAAUACAGUCAACUCACUUUUGUUUGUUGAUGCCCUUUCCUGAGUCCCCUUGCCCUUUCAAAUACCACUUUUGACCAAACGUCACCCUGUCACAUUCCUACCCACGAAAAUGGUACACCUCUCACGUUACAGAGGCGUUCUGGCUUACCAUGAGCGCCUAACUAUUCUCGGAAAAGUAUGUGUAUAAGUCGUUGGCUGCGUCUCUUUGGGACGCUUUAAAGGACGUUAAAUGACUUAAAUGGCGGCGGACGUUAUGGAAAUUUUCCCGACUCUUUCCUUAACAUUUUUACGUCUUUAAAGACGUAAAAUCGGCACCAAAUACUGUCCUGGCGUUCAUGAUUAGCGUUUCCAUAUAUUCCGGCCUUAACCGACUUGAGUCAAAAUUAGGAGUAGUUCCUUUUUUAUCUUGUAAUUUAGGUGGCAGGAUGGUUCUUGUUCAGUUCGCUGUAGACGAUGAAGGGCAGUUUAUUGGACAAACACGAAAAGCUGCUGCUUCCGUUCAUGGCACCUUGAGAGACUUGUGGAGGGAACUCCGCGACGAAGGUCUCAUCACAAAGGUUACACAUUUUCUGCUUUUAGUUGUUGUUACCGCCCUAGAUCGAUUGGACAUGCAAAUAGUUUAUGAAGGUGUGAAAGACAUCUUGCAAGCAUGACGAUCGAAAUGACCACAGGUAACCCCAACUUGCAAUUUGAACGCUCAGUAAGACAAUAAUCUGUGCCUUUCCAACAUUACCGGGUUUAUUUGCUCACUAACUUAGUUCUCUAUCGUGCCAUCUGGCGCUUGACACGACAGGAGGGAAUUCCGCCCGACUUUGUCUACGGCUGCUCUGGGGGAUGUCUUCAAAGUCAGUCCUUAGUUAGCUCCUUGGCUGUUUUUAUUUAUUUAUUUAUUUUUACUUAAUGUAAAGCUCUGUGCAAACGGACGUAACUUUAUUGGCCAACAACAUUGUUGGGAAUUGUUGCGUCCGUUUGUACGUAGCUUAACAUAAACCACCCACGACCUAUACAAUCCUUUUUUUAUUUCCUUCUCCCCGCUCACUACAGCGUUUUUAAAAUUAGAAGCCUUUAUUAAUCCUUGCAUGACAUAUUACCAUGCUAGAAGUGAUCUAUGCAGUUGACAGACUUCUACAGACCUAAAAAACUUAUUUUUUUGCAGGAUGAAUUUUAUCGGACUACAUUUAUCGGUUACUUCCGGACUGUUAACGAAUUCAAGGCCCCUUUUGAAUCACCGGACUCUCCUGUGCGUAAGGCUUGCCUGUCACUGAUCUCCAUAGAAACCAAAGUAGUGCCAUGCCCUUAUAGGGAAAAGUGGUUGCAAAAUCGUGGCGAUCCUGUAGAGCAUGCGCGGUGGUUCAUACCGUCGUUAAGGAAGUGGAGUGAUUCUACGUUUAUUUCCGGUAAGAGACUAGUUGUACUGUCACUGUGGCAUAGAAAUCAACGGUGUUCCGUUUGGCCGUACUGGAGAUAUCGGGCAUUUUGAUUGGGGGUUAAAUGCUAUGUUCACAAAAGUCCCCGCCCUCUCGGGCCCGAAAUCAAAAAUUCGCCGUGAAAAGGCGGAAAAUCUAAAUUUCAAAUGCGAGUGCAUAAGUCAUGAUAAUAGGCUAGUUUCUCCAGAUACUGUUUAUUGAUCUUUCUUUCUUUCUAUUCUUUUUUUUUUUGGGGGGGGGGGGGGGGGUUGUUUGUUUUGUUUUGUUAUACUUUUUUUUUUGAUGGAAAGGGGAAAUGGGUGAGGGUUUUUAAAGUGGUUUAACGCCUCGGUCCAAACAUUCCUUUUUGGGUUUUUACUUUUUUUUUUUGCUUGUUCGGUUUUCGUGUUGCCUGUGAGUGGGGGUUUUUUUGGUGGGGGUGUAAUUGUUUCUGUACAAAGCCCCCCCCCCUCUCGCGGCCAAAAAAAAAAAAGUCCGGUGAAAAAGGGAAAAAAAUAUAUUUAAAAAAGGGGAGAAAAAAUGUUAAAAAAAGGGUUUUUUUUCCCAAUAUUUUUUUUUUUUUUUUUUUUUUUUUUUUUUUUUUUUUUUUUUGGGGGGGGGGGGGGAGGGAUGUUUGCUUUGCUUAGUAAUACGUUUUUUGUUGAUAGAAUCGGUGAAUGGACUAGGGUUUUUUAAGUGAGUUAACGCCUCAGUCCAUAACUUACCUUUGUGGUGUUACCUUUUGUUCUUAGCCCUGUCAGAUUCUCGGUCACCCAAAGAAAAGGAAAGCAUCGUAAAUGAAUUGUUCAAGCAAUACGAAAGCGAGGUUGCCAAGCGUCCUGAAGAUCACGGAGGUGAUUAUGUUCAUGCCUACAUGGUUAUCGCGAAGAACGAAAAGAUAGGAGCUUGACUUCACAAAACUGUAUAAAAUACUGUGGCUAGGAGUUUGACCGCCUUAAUCACGCCUAACAUGACCUGACAAUCAAAUGAACAAUUACGUCUAAAAGAAAAUAUAAAUACAUUAACUGGGCAACAGGCGCGGGAAACUGCCGCGGGUAGGCAUCGCGCUUUCCCACCACAACCUUCCUUGCUCAAAACAAGAUCGAGAGAGUUUCUUUUUAGCAAAGCGAGUCUCCCGAUGAAAAUAUAAUAGUACAAAUUGCAAAACGUUGGGAUUCAAACUUUGGGAUUUACAGAUUUUUCUUGAAUUCCACGGUGUAACCUGAAUGUCUUAACGACUCCGCCCUCAAUAAAUGCACAAUUAUAGCUACGUGUACACCCACAAUUCACGACAAAGCGUUUUUACUUUGAUCGCUGAUUGUAAAAACAGACUGUUUCCACAUAAACGAAGGAUUGAACUUUUUAUUUUUUCUGCCCUUGUUUUACUACCGUUUGCAGUAAUUGGCAAAAAUAAAAAUGAAAAACAAGACGAGAAUUUACCAUUGGAAAACCCCUGUUAUGAUUGUUUUCAAUGCAAUUUGAAAAAUAUGUUCUGAGAGAU